CGACUGGCCUUCGCGGCCACACACUCACAGUCACAGUAGUCCAGGGCCUGCCAGUGCACAGACACACCUUGGUCUUGGCUUCAGACAGCCUCGCUGGUUGCUCUACCUCAGUGACAUCUUGACGGUACACGGAAGUCAGUAUCAGGAUUAUCAAAAAGGUACGCCAUGUCGCUGACCACGCACUACCUCCUGCCUUUCCUUUACAACACAUGGCCACUGCUGCUGCCCACUCUCCUGGUCCUGCUGGUGUCCAUCCUGCUGUACCGCCGCCGCAAUUCAUACGACAGCCACACAGACGACACCAAGAAAGCCGCAGCUAAUCGUGUCAUCCAAUUUGGUGACGUCGGCGACAACGACGAUGACGACCAAUCAGAUCUGGUGGACCCGCCCCACGGCGAAGAUGUGUCGCACAUCCGCUACCAGCACGACAGGCUGAUGAUCGAGGAGAGCCAGCAGAGGGCGGAUGAGUUUUACCAUCUGAUGAACAAACGACGCUCCAUUCGCUUCUUCAGCCGCGAGCCCGUGCCGCGGGAGCUGGUGGAGAAGCUUGUCCUGACGGCUGGCACGGGGCCGUCUGGGGCGCACACCGAACCGUGGUCCUUCGUGGCGGUGAGUGACCCGGACAUCAAGGAGCAGAUCCGAUCCAUUGUAGAGGCAGAGGAGGAGAUCAAUUACACCAAGAGGAUGGGCAAGCAGUGGGUGGCAGACCUGAAGGCGUUCAAGACGACAUGGACGAAGGAGUACCUGACGGAGGCGCCGUGGAUACUGCUCAUCUUCAAGCAGCCCUACUCACCGCUCCCUGACGGACGCAAAGUCAACCACUACUACCAUGAAAUCUCCACGUCCAUCUCGUGCGGUAUCCUGCUGGCUGCCAUACAGAACGCGGGCCUCGUCACCCUCACCUCCACGCCCCUCAACUGCGGCCCGGCACUGCGCUCCAUCCUGAACCGUCCCUCCCACGAAAAGCUGUUGCUGCUGCUGCCUCUGGGCUACCCCACCGAGGACGCCACGGUGCCAGACCUCAAGCGCAAGCCCCUCGGGGAGAUCCUGACAACGAUGUAGGAGCGAGGAGUGCCAGUGAGAAGGAGGAGGUGGAGGAGGUGGCAGCGAGGAGGCGUGUCAUGUGUGAGGUGUUGUUGAUGUUAUUAUUGAGUUACAAUGAAGGAAAUUAAUGUUGCCUCUACUUUUUGAGCAAGACAAAGAACGAAAAUUUGUGAGAAAGUGAACGAAUCAUAAGAUUAUUAGUAACUUUAGGUAUACAUCAACGUGUGUGUGUGUGUGUGUGUGUGUGUGUGUGUGUGUGUGUGUGUGUGUGUGUGUGUGUGUGUAAUUCACCUCGGUCGUCUGCUGGUCACCCAGCCAGUCUUCCCCAUUACGGAGCGAGCUCAGAGCUCAUAGACCGAUCUUCGGGUAGGACUGUGUGUGUGUGUGUGUGUGUGUGUGUGUGUGUGUGUGUGUGUGUGUGUGUGUGUGUGUGUGUGUGUGUGUGUCAGCCACGGUUAUGUGUUCUGUGUGUGCUGCACAUACUGUUCCUAACCUAUGUAGGAAACUGGAGAACAAUAUAAUGAUAAGCCUGA